AUGUCCUUCCCCGCGAAUUCAUCGCGCCACGAUAUGGCAGCUCCCGGUUUUGGCCAAUCUUACGAUCCCUUCGCCGAUCUUUCGCGAAGUGCGGAUGACAUUGAUGAAGCUUUAGAUUUUGAGGAUACGUACGAUGGAUUAGGUGAUGGGUUGGAUGAGACGGACGACGCUUUCAACGAUGAUACGUUUGGUGGUACUGGUGGUGGUGACUCUGUUGGAGUGUCGCAUGCGCCAGUUGGCAAGGAUUUCGACUUCUUUGGACAGACUGCUAAAGUCGCGAACGCUAUCGAGGAAGAACACCAGCGCUUCAGUCGUCAACAACCAGCUCCGAAGUCGAUCCAACCUUCUUCAACACAGGCAUACGGCUCAGGAUAUGCCUAUCAGCCAGCGCCUAAACCUGCCCGAAGCGGUUACGAGAAGUAUAAGACCUCCGAACCGGUAUCCGACCUUCAAGUUGACGCUUCAAUAUGGGGAGUCCAGCCCAAGAAAGCUACUCCAGUAGCACCCGCUCAACCCCAGCCAAUCGCGCCACCAGCGGGCCGUAAAAUGAUGAGUCUAGAAGAGGUCGAGGCAGCGAUGCGAGCCCAGGCAAAGGCUCCUGCUCAACCCCAGCAGCCUCAACCCCAGCUUCAGGCUCCGUCCCUGACUGGCCCUGAGCUUCAAGCAACAUUUCCCCACCCUCAUUACCCCCAACAGGAGCCGAUCGACUACCUGCAACAACAACAAUUUGACAACCGUCAACCCCAGGGAUUCUAUACUCCUGACAACCAGCAGGUUCCGCAGGGGGCCACUCAUGGACACCCUAUAGCAAUCUUACAGCGACCAUCUUCAAAAAGCAUCCCAUCUAGCGGACCCAGCGUGUCAAGUUCCUUAACUCAGCAGCAUCAACCCGCUUCUGUAGGAUUCCCGACGCAAAUAUUACAGAACCCUAAUCGUACUCCUGGAGAGCCCGCUAGAACCAACUUGCCAACUCACCCAACUCAUCGAUCACAGAACUCAUUCACUCGCCAGCCUCAGCCUAGCACAGGUCAAGCUCACCUUUCAAAUUUAUCCGAGCAGGAGAAAGCAUCCUUCCUCGAAGCUGAGGCAAGACGAGCCAAGCGUAAUCAUAAGAUACACGUCUUGUCGAAAGAUAAUGGUCUGAUGACACCACAGGAUAAGAGUUUCAUUACCAGAAUCCAACUUCAACAACUUGUCUCGGCUACCGGUGAUCCUAACGAGCACGGGACCGAUGCUGCUCUUGCGGAAGAUUUCUACUACCAGGUUCUCAGCUCGUUACGAGCAGGACAGCGACCUAACCCGAAUCAGCCUUUGAACAAUUUUGCCCAGACGUACCUUUUCCAGACUGGUACUCGCCAUGGGGGUAUGAGACGUCAAGGACGAGGCCCAGAGAACCACAUGCAACGAAUGGAACAACAGGUCCAGCGUGCUGUUGAGGCGGCCAAGAAUAAGCCCAAGAACAAACAACUAGUCAUAGAAGGCAGUUUAGGAAAGAUCUCGUUCAGCAACGCGAAGACACCAAAGCCUCUAUUGAACAUCAAGCGGACUGAGAGCAGUACCGAGACCAAUCGACCUGGUAGUGGACAUCGCUCCCAUCCGACCACGGGUACCGACAAGAAAGAGACACUGCAGAACAUCGAGAAAGUCUACUUAACCCUAAUGAAGAUGGAGGAUCUAGACCGCAAUAUGCCUCCCCCUCCAGCGAAUGGCACUUCGGAUCCAGACUUUGAGCGACGUGCCGAGAUACAGCUACAAUUGCAACAACUAAAUGAACAGCUGUGGACCGAGCUCAAAGUCCAUGAGCCUAUUGGCGCUACUUCUGUGCAUCCUUUCAUUGCCUUUUUGUCCUAUCCCAAAGGCAAGAAAGCUAUUGGCCGCGUGUUCAACCAUAUUACUAUCGAGCAGCAAACAACCAUACUGACCAUCAUCGUCAUCCAUCUCGAUCAACUCGAUGUAGUCCGCGGUGCACAGGUCCAGACCGGAGAGCCCAUCAAUUUGAACGCCGCUACCCGCGAGAGCAUUGAGCUGUUCAUUGUGGCGGUCAUGCCAAGUCUUCUCCACCUCUUAGGCAAAUCAGAGCUACAUAUUGUCACUGGUGUACUCGGAUUGAUAACCCAGAAUCUCAAUGUAGAUCUCGUUGCUCGGACUCGGAUUGGUGUUUCGAUGUUAACUAUGAUCCUUAGCCGAGCUGAGCUCACCAAGCAAGCUGGACAAGCAACUGAACAGUCUUGGCAACAAUGGGUUGCAACUUUCAACCAGUUCUUCAACGCCUUAGAACCAACUCUUCCCAACAUCUUCCCGGGUACCGUGGCAUCUGGAGAGGAUAUCUAUGUGUGGCAAUUCCUUGCUGCCAUUGGCAUAGGAGCCAGCCCAGAGGAACAGCAACGCCUCGUCCUUGCCGUCAAAGACCGUGUCAUGGAUACUGUCAAUCUGUCUAAGACUCUUCCCGCCGACAUGGCAAAGACUCGCUUGGACAACGUCAACCUGUUUAUGCGAUCUAUCGGUCUUGAUGUGGAAUUGUUGAACAACUAG